CUCCUCCUGCUCCAGUGCUUAAUUCACUCAGUUAAGUUUGGAUUAUCUCUCACAGACUGCAAGCCAACAGCCACCACACAUACUGGGCCUGUGGUGCCACUUUUAUGUGUGCUUCUAAAUCAAUGAUGAGGGUAUCAGAACCGAUAUUGGACAUGGAGAUGGCAAAUUACAGUGAAGUUUUGGAUCCCACUUAUACAACUUUGGAAUUUGAAACCAUGCAGAUUCUAUACAAUUUAAAUGAUAAUUCUGCCUCCGAAACCACAAAUAUGAACACUGCAGACAACAGCGUCAAAUGUCUAUGUGCUAUAUGUGGGGACAGAGCAACUGGAAAUCAUUAUGGAGCAUCCAGCUGUGAUGGGUGCAAGGGCUUCUUCAGACGGAGCAUUCACAAGAGUCACGUUUAUUCCUGCGGGUUCAGUCGGCAAUGUGUUGUUGACAAGGACAAAAGAAGUCAAUGUAGAUAUUGUCGAUUAAGAAAGUGUUUUAGAGCAGGAAUGAAAAAAGAAACUGUGCAAAACGAACGUGACAGAAUAAGCACCAGAAGGAACACAUUUGAUGGCAGCAACAUCCCCUCCAUCAACACACUGACACAAGCUGAAUUUCGGUCUUGUCAGAUCUCUGCCUCAAGCCCUGGUUCAAGCACUGAUAUAAAUGUUAACAAAAUUGCAAGUAUUGGUGAUGUUUGUGAAUCUAUGAAACAGCAACUCUUAGUCUUGUUGGAAUGGGUGAAGAUGGCGGCCAGGGAAGCUGUGGCCCGGGAAUGA